AUAAUGAUUUAGCCAAUGCCAAAGAAGGAGUUUAUACUUAUAAAAUUAAUAGAGAACAUUAUCAUCAGAUGGGUUCAUUAAUACCUGAUAAAGGUCAAGACCCAAAAUUUGCUCAAAUAUAUUUUUGUGAUACUUAUGAUAACCAACUUAAAAGAAAACAUGAAAUAAUAAAAAAGGAAUUAUAUUAUGAAUUGCUAGAUGAACUCCAAUUUGAACUUUCUGAUAAUAAUCCUUUUGUACAAACAUUUAGAUGUGCUAGAAAUAGUGAAAUAAAAACUAAACAAGAAAUUGGAGAUUUAUAUGAUUUACCUGAACCAGAAAAAGAAGAAGAACUCCAAAAAACAAUACUUUUUGACACUUUAUUAGAAACAUAUUCAAAAGAGAAGUCAAGUUUAACUCAAUUAUUAGAAGAUGCAACUAUUGAAUCCUCAGCAAGUUUUAUAAGUAUUAGUGAAACAAAAGAAGAAAAACAACAACAAUCUGAAUCUGAAAAUAGUUCAGAUA